GUUAUUAACCUCUCUCUCUCUCUCUCUCGAUCUCUCCCCAAGCCAUCCCCUUUCCUUGCCUCCUCGGCUCCCCUAUUUUCCGCGACGAAUUUUACCCACCCGCCAGCCACCCCUGCAGCUCUCCGUCUAGAGCCCCUCCCCUCCUCAAACCCCCCUCCCGAAAAACCCCAGGAGGGAAAGAAAACGUGCUCGCCCAACGCCUCUUUAUAACUCUCGCUCGCCCCCUCACAGCACCGCAGUUUCACAGAGACAGAGACAGAGAGGGGCGGUGGAGUGUGUUGUUGGGCUUUUCUUGAUUCGAGGGGCGUGUCGCUGCCAAAAGGGUCGUAUUGCCAUGGAGGCUCUUGCCGCCCUGCUCUGAGGUUUCUCGGAUUCGUCCCUCUCGCGAGUUUGUCUUGCCUUUCUUGUUUUGCCUUUGGGGUAGGGGGGGAAAUCGCCGGGGAGCUUGCCAUGGCCGGCAGUGAUGAAGUCAACGUCAACGAAUCUAAGAGCGUCGUCCCCCUCAACACUUACGUCCUGAUCUCCAACUUCAAGCUAGCAUACAAUCUCCUCCGCCGCCCCGACGGGACCUUCAACCGCGAAUUGGACGAUUUCCUCGACCGGAAGGUCCCCGCCAACGCCAUACCGGUCAACGGGGUCUUCUCCUUCGAUCACGUCGACCGGACGACCGGGCUCCUCAACCGGGUCUAUCUGGCCGCCCCUGAAAACGAGGCCCGCUGGGGGAUCAUCGACCUCGAGAAGCCCCUGAGCACCACCGAGGUCGUCCCGGUCAUCAUCUUUUUCCAUGGAGGAAGCUUCACUCAUUCCACCGCGAGCACCGCCAUUUACGACACGCUGUGCCGGCGGUUCGUGAACAUCUGCAAGGUCGCGGUGGUCUCUGUAAAUUACCGGCGAUCACCCGAAUAUCGGUACCCGUGUGCCUACGACGACGGGUGGGCGGCCCUCAAGUGGGUCAAGUCUAGGCCGUGGCUCCAGAGCGGGAAGGACUCGAAGGUCUAUGUCUACUUGGCCGGAGAUAGCUCGGGUGGCAAUAUCGUGCACCACGUAGCUGUGCAGGCGGCCGAUGCCGGAGUCGAGGUCUUGGGAAACAUCCUCCUCCAUGCAUUGUUCGGCGGCCAAAAGAGAACGGAAUCGGAGAUGAGAUUGGACGGGAAGUACUUCGUCAGGGUCCCCGACCGCGAUUGGUACUGGCGGGCUUUCCUCCCGGAAGGGGAAGACAGAGACCACCCGGCGUGUAACCCCUUCGGCCCGCGGGGCCGGAGCCUCGAGGGGCUCAAGUUUCCGAAGAGCCUCGUGGUGGUGGCGGGCCUGGAUCUCCUCCAGGACUGGCAAUUGGCAUACGCAGAAGGGCUCGCCAAAUACGGCCACGAGGUGAAGUUGCUGCACCUGAAGGAGGCGACGAUCGGCUUCUACUUCUUGCCGAACAACGACCAUUUCUAUCGGCUCAUGGAGGAGAUAAACGAGUUUGUCCAUUCUAACUGUUAAUACGGCCGAAAAAAAAUACAUCACAGCAGCUUUGACAUUUCAGACUUUGGUUAUUCUUUCGCAGCGAAAAGGUGUGUAGAGUUAUAGGGGUUGUGCAAUAUAUUACUUACCCUUCUUUCUUUUUUCUCUUUCUUUUUCACCAUUUUCUCGUGGCGGUUUGAGGAUUCCGCUCAGUUUCCGUUCUCGCAAGAAGCUGACACUGAUGUAUACAAUUCUGGGAUGUGGCUCGAAUGGAUCGCUUUGGAAACUUCGGAACUCAGUGCUUGGGAAUCGUUUCUGGACAUCGAAUGCGCGAAUCGUCCUGGCCCGGUUCGGUUCGGGCCACAACUGGCUGGUCGAAUCGCUGGAUGUACAGCAUUUGGUUAAGUCAUGAUUCUGUUCCCGAGUGAGAGGAGCAUGUUGGUGUACUGUAAUCACUGAUCCAGAAAACAAUCUCAGACUACUUUGAUUCCACCAUGCUGUGGAGUUGUAUGUUAUACUUGUGACCUAGAAAUGAAAAGAUAUCUUUUUUUUUUGGUCUU